CCAAGGUCAAACAUAAUCGUUAGCUAUUGAGCAAUACAAUACUUUCCAAGUGGUCAGCGUUUUUGGGUCAAAAACCUCGUCCUUUCACUUCGUCACGCUCCAAUUUCAGUUUCGUUUGUCCCAGAUAAAUUUAUUUUUUUUCUGCGAUUAAAGAACGCGCGCAUUUACGAUAUUCGAAGAGAUAGAAAAAUAGAAAAAAAAAAGCGCAAUGUCUCAACAACCGAAGUGCAAGAAGCAGAAAAUGGCGAGCGCUCUGGAGCAGUUGAAAAAUGUUACCACCGUUGUGGCUGACACCGGCGACUUUGAGGCUAUGAAAGUUUACAAACCGACUGAUGCCACAACCAACCCAUCACUGAUCUUGGCUGCUGCCAAUUUACCCCAAUACAAGCCCUUGAUUGAGAAGGCUAUCAAUUAUGGCAAGAAGAUUGGAGGUAACAUGGACGAAGAGGUGGAGGCUACCAUGGAUAUGCUGUGUGUUUUAUUUGGGUGUGAAAUCCUGAAGGUUGUACCAGGCAGGGUAUCCACUGAGGUUGAUGCAAGGCUUUCCUUUGAUAAAGAAGGUAGCGUCGCUAAGGCCAAGAAGAUCAUCCAACUGUAUGAGGAUGAAGGCAUCAAGAAGGAGAGGAUCCUGAUCAAACUCGCGUCCACGUGGGAAGGAAUUGAAGCCGCCAAAGAACUGGAAUCCAAACACGGAAUCCACUGCAAUUUAACACUGCUCUUCUCCUUCGCUCAAGCUGUAGCUUGCGCUGAAGCCGGCGUCACCCUAAUCUCGCCUUUCGUUGGCAGAAUCUUGGAUUGGUAUGUCGCCAAUACCGAUAAGAAAACAUACAAGGGAGAGGAGGAUCCAGGCGUUGUUUCGGUUACGAAGAUUUACAAAUAUUAUAAGAAGUUCGGUUACAAGACCGUCGUCAUGGGCGCUUCUUUCAGAAAUAUUGAGGAAAUCAAGGCUUUGGCUGGAUGCGAUUUGCUUACCAUCAGCCCGAAACUUCUGGGUGAAUUGGAAAAGUGCGGAGAUCAAUUGGAAACCAAAUUGAGCAAAGAGGACGCAGCCAAUUGUACCUUGCAAAAGCUGGACAUGACUGAACAGAAAUUCAGGUGGAUGCUGAACGAAGAUAAGAUGGCAACCGAGAAGUUGUCGGAUGGAAUUCGCAACUUCGCCGCAGAUUGCAUUAAAUUGGAGAACAUCAUCAAAGGAUUAAUGAAGUAACAAUCGUAACAUUCCAUUUUAUAUUAUAAUAAAAAUCACAAAAAUAACCGCCCUCA